AGCAUCACGGGGAGCUGAAGUUCUCAGGCUACUUUCCUUUACUUACCUUUACUUGGCGUUUCUCGAAUCAGUGACUGUAUGUAUUUUUUUUUUUUAACGUGGGAAAAUCUUGCAUAAGAGUGUCAGAUUCCUACUGACUAAAACCCCACAGCGACCAACACUGGCGUUAAAGGAGGGCUCCGGAAUUACUCCGUAGCCCUCUACGCCUGUCACACUGGUGCCCCCCAUCUCGGGUGCCUAGCGUAUGGCCGACAGCGGGGGUCGUGCCCGGUGCUCGAGGGUGUACAAAAAGAGUGGACGUGCCUUGAGGCCGGCCGCGCAUGCACAGUGGAAAAGGGGGAACUCGACUCUAUAAAUAAGUCGCUUAAAUAAAACAAGUACUGAUUGUUAUGUUAGAAAGGUUGUUUUCUUAAGACAUUUGUGGUAAUGUCAUUAAGAACAAUGUGAAUACUACAAUGCGAAUACAAAGAAUAAAAUUUGUUUGUUGUUUCCUCGUUCUCAUUUCACUGAACGUUAAAAUAUCAAAUGGGAUUGGUGGAGGACAUUCACUUACGUUUAAAACGAGAGGAUCUUUUAGUGAUACCAGUAUUGGAUCAGAUGUAUUUUUUGAAAUCAUAUAUCCUCCAGAAUUGGAGUACACCUAUAAAUUAAGACCUGCUAAAGAUUUUGGAGCUCCUUUUAAUGCAAGUUUCUUGGAAGAAAGAAUCCCUUUGGUUCCAACUGAUCCUCCACAUGGAUGCCAGAUAGCAAAGAAUGCCAAGGAAUUAAAAGGUAGAAUAGCAUUGGUUGAAAGAGGAGAUUGUAGUUUUUUUGCUAAAAGCAUAAUGGCAGAAGAAGCUGGAGCAAAAGCUGUAAUUAUAGCAGAUUAUCAUUCUUCCUCUAUGGAAGAAUCGAUAACAAGUCCACUAUGGGCUGACUAUUACUAUGUAGAAAUGAUACGCGACGAUACUAUCCCACCUUCAAAGACAGUAAACAUUCCUGCUGGAUUUUUGCUCGGUAAGAACGGUAAAAUGAUCCGGCAAACGCUACAACGUUUGAAUCAACCUUUUGCCUUAAUCAACAUCCCAGUGAACUUAACUUACACUUCUUUAGAUAAGUUACAUCAACCACCAUGGUUGUUUUGGUGAUCUUCAAUAGAGUUUUGUAUGAAUUUUCGCAUAAUAAAACAAAUACGUUGACUUGUA